UCUGCGGUCAGUGGGCGGGGCCUGAACACAACACGGAAGUCUGCCCUCUGUCCUGAUUGCUGUUUUUUCUUUGGACCCGGCUCACGUCGCUCCGCUGUGAAGAGAGACAACCCCCCACCGAGCACUCUUCAACCCGCCUGGACCUCCGACCGUGUCCCUCCGGGCUCCGCGAUGUUUUCCCCGAGGUUCCAGCUGCUCCGGUCGGCCGCGUCCCUGACGACCAGGUCGCUCUGCUCAGGGGGCGUGUCCAAGCACGGCAGAGCGCCGGACAUGGUGGAGGGAAAUCCACUUUUACACGUGUCAAAUGUGCGGAACAGGCUGCGGGAGAUCGUGGGAGCUUCCACUAACUGGAGUGACCACCAGCAGGCCAUGACGGAGCGAGUGUCGCUGUCGUCCAUGUUGGCCGCGUCUCAGCGGGAUCUUCCUGCGAAGGCGAUGAAGGACAGUUACCUGGAGGUUCACCUGCCCCUGGGCUCCGAGCCACAGCUCCGGGAGAAGUACCUGACCUUCCACAACACCGUCAGGUUUGGUAGAAUCCUGGAGGACCUGGACAGUUUAGCAGUCCUCAUAUCUUACUCCCACACCUACAACCCGGCACUGAAGAAGUCUCCCCUGUCGAUCGUCACCGCCCUGGUGGACAAAAUCGACAUGAGGCAGCACGUCAUCUAUCCCGACUGCGACAUCAAGUUCACUGGUCAUGUGACCUGGGUGGGAAAGACGUCUAUCGAAGCCAAGAUGCACAUGUCACAGUACCGUGACGGAGCUUACGCUCCAGUUCUGGAUGCCACUUUUGUCAUGGUGGCCCGGGACCCGGAGAACAAGAGGGCGGCGUUCGUAAAUCCACUGAAGCCCGACGGACCAGAGGAGGAAAACAUUUUCCAGCAAGGAGAAGAUAAUAAAUUCCGCCGCGUGGAGCUGAGCACGGCGUCGCUGCUGAAGGUCGCUCCCACAGACGAGGAGAGGAAGAUCGUGCACGGUCUCUUCCUCAACACCCUGGAUACACAGACGGUCAGUUUCAGCAGCAGAGUUCUUCCUCCGAACUCGGUGUGGAUGGAGAACGCCAAACUGAAAGGACUGGAGAUCUGCCACCCUCAGGAGAGGAACAUCUUCAACCGAAUAUUUGGAGGUUUCCUGAUGAGGAAAGCCUACGAGCUGGGCUGGGCCAACGCCUGCUCCUUCGGAGGAUGCCGACCAAGGCUGGUGGCUGUGGACGACAUCAUGUUCCAGAAACCCGUGGAGAUCGGCUCCUUGCUGCUGCUCUCAUCACAGGUGUGCUUCACACAGGGGAAGUACAUCCAGGUCAGAGUUCACAGCGAGGUGUUCGACCCGAUGACCCAAAAGCACAACACCACCAACGUCUUCCACUACACCUUCGUUUCAGAUCGCGACGUCCCCAGCAUCAUCCCAAAGACAUAUGGAGAGUCGAUGUUGUACCUGGACGGAAAGAGACACUUUAACCAAACGGUGGAGAGCUGAGCGAAUCAGAUGUCUCCAUCCUGCCAACGCCCCUCAGCGUCUGUCUGACCAGCAAGGUCCAAGAGUGGUGUGUGUGUGUAUGUGCAUCAUUUUUACAGUUUAUCACGCCUUCCUCAUUUAUUUUUCACGACCCCCAUGGCGACUUUGUUUGAUUCCUGUUACAUUAUUUGUCUUGGUGGUUUACAGUUGUUUUCUUUUUUUAAAGUCUUUUUGUAUAACAGUUGUCCCCAGAGUUAAAAAAUACCAAGUGGUUUGUUUCACUACAUUUUAUUUGUUUACAGCAUCUGAUCAGUCACUUCCUCCUGACCUCCUUUCACCUCAUGUGUGCUUCACUGUGGCUUUACAUCCCAGUGUGUUACAUUUUUAUAUUCCUCUUGUUGCUGACUGUACAAAACUCAUUUACUGUGCUUAAAAAAAAUAUUGAAUGGGAAGCUUUAUCCUGAACGUGUCAGACGGCUGCGAAAAGGAAUGUUGGUGUCAUAUUUUUGGCCUUAUGUUACUCAAAUGCAAUAAAUAAAUUCUUAUUUAUCAGUU